AUGAACUCAUGCAGAAGCGUGUGGACUCAUGCGCAAGAGUUUGAACUAGUAAUUUAUGCCGCGGUAUCCGGUGUAUUCGGUGAAAAUUCGAAGUGGUUGCAACUUCUGUCGGGCAAGCAUUUUCAGGAGACGUACAAAGCGGAAUAUACAAUACCGGUAGCAGCAAUGUGGAAUGAACCAAACAUGUCAUACCCAGAGAUGGAGUCGGCGUAUCGACCAAUUCCAGCAAGGCAGCGUCGAUUGCCGCGGUUUCUACUGCCCUAUGCUCGACCGCCACCGGAAGUUCCAGCUUACUUGAAGCCGAACCUGAAUAUCAUGCGGAUGCCUGCUCCGAUUCCAUUUCCAUUGCCAGGCAUUCCGCUCGACAUUCCAACUCCACAUGCCACCGGUCCAGGCUUAUCGCCUUCGUCGUUGCGUUCUCCACGAUCAAACGUGCCGCUCUAUCAAGAUUUUUGUGCGCCAUCUCGCCCUCUGUCAAUAAACAUCACUGUGCAAACGUCUGCACUCAAAUGCCUUAUCGAAUGGAAGCCUCCGGCCUUGGAUCCGGCGGUGAUGUAUGUUUAUAAACUGGAGGUCUGGGAAGGCAUCAGAUGUGACACGUAUGAUUUCCCACCGCACAUCUUCUCAUUCGAAUUAAAGACAACACCGGGUGCACUUUAUAAGCUUGAGCUCUCAGCUCGUGAUGUGAACAAUUCAGUCGUAGCAGUUGGGACAACAUGCAUGAAAGCAGGUUUGUUAUAA